CUCGUCAAGCAAUGGGAAGGAGGGAUUCGUGCACUACACUUUCUGUGUAAUUUUCUGGGUGAAUAAAAAUACGCGACUUAAUUCUAUAAAUGGGGAGAAAUACGCUUAAGUUGUUCGUCCAAAUAUCAUCAGCAAUAGAACAGUAACUGGGAAACCCCGUACGCUCUCAAAAUAAACUGAUUUAUUAGAGAUUGAUUGGGUUUUUUUUUUUAAAGAAAGAGAGGGAUUAGGAGAGAAAGUUUAGAGUCUUUCAGAGAGAGAUGGGAAUGUGUUGUUCUGGUUUAAGUGGUGAUGUGGCAGGGGGGAAACAGGGCGUUGGUGGAGCCCCACAGCCGCCCAUCACAGCCCAAAACAAUCACGGUCACAAUGACGCGGUUGACUUCUUCUUCCGGUCGCGUGGCGUCCAAGCCCUCUUUACUCAAAUUGAGUUAUCUUUAUCUGCUUCAAAGUUACUUGAUCGUGACAUAACAUCAAAGAGUGACCCCAUGACAGUUGUUUAUGCAAAGAAAAGAGAUGGGACACUGGAGGAGAUUGGGCGUACAGAAGUCAUCAUGAACAAUUUGAACCCUGCUUGGAUUGAAAAAAUUUCAAUUGCUUAUCAAUUUGAGAUUGUCCAGCCAUUGGUCUUUCGAAUUUAUGAUGUUGAUACCAAUUAUCACAAUGUACCAGUGAAGAUGCUAAAGUUGAACGAUCAGGACUUCUUGGGAGAAGCCAGCUGUGCCCUGUCUGACAUUGUGACGAAACCAAGUCAGACUUUCACCAUAAACCUCCAUAACAAAUAUAGACCUGGAGUACCAAGAAACUUGGGGACACUAUCUGUCCAUGCUGAGGAAACAGUUGCUUCUAAGAGUGCUGUUGAAAUAGCAUUCCGCUGCUCCCAUUUAGAAAAUGUGGACAUGUUUUCCAAAAGUGAUCCAUUCUUAAGAAUAUCUAGAAUUGUUGAGAGUGGAGAUCCUGUUCCGAUCUGCAAGACAGAUGUAAUAAGCAACGACUUGAAUCCCAUUUGGAGGCCAGUAACUUUGAGCAUGCAGCAAUUUGGAAACAAGGAUAAUCCAUUAAUUAUUGAAUGUCUUGAUUUCAAUAGUUCUGGAAAUCAUGUUCUUAUAGGGAAAAUUCAGAGAUCAGUGGGUGACCUGGAGAAACUUCACCUAGGAAGAAGUGGUGCAAAUUUUGUUAUACCCUCUGGUCAUCACGGUCAUGAAAAGGUUCUCAAAAGUCAGUUGUUUAUUGAUAAGUUUAUUGAGAAAGAACAAUAUAGUUUUCUGGAUUAUAUUUCUAGUGGCUUUGAGCUAAAUUUUAUGGUUGCAGUUGACUUUACAGCUUCGAAUGGAAAUCCUCGAAAUCCAGACUCUUUGCACUACAUUGACCCUUCAGGCCGAUUGAAUUCUUACCAGCAGGCUAUAAUGGAAGUAGGGGAGGUCAUACAAUUUUAUGAUUCUGACAGACGCUUUCCUGCUUGGGGAUUUGGAGGGAGAACAGUUGAUGGUACUAUAUCACAUUGUUUUAACCUGAAUGGAAGUGCCAAUGAUUUUGAGGUUGAAGGAGUUGAAGGCAUCAUGGCUGCUUACAGGAAUGCUCUCCACAAUGUUUCUCUGGCAGGACCCACUCUAUUUGGUCAGGUGAUAAACGUGGCUGCACAAAUUGCUGGUCAGUCCACCUCAGGUGACAGAAGCAAGUAUUUUGUUUUGCUCAUUAUAACGGAUGGAGUUGUGACAGAUCUUCAAGAAACCAAAGAUGCUUUGGUGAGAGCAUCUGAUCUUCCCCUUUCAAUUCUUAUUGUUGGAGUAGGAGGUGCAGAUUUUACACAAAUGGAGAUUCUUGAUGCUGAUAAGGGUCAUCGGUUAGAAAGCUCUACAGGUCGGGUAGCUACGCGAGACAUUGUACAAUUUGUUCCAAUGCGAGAAGUUCAAAGAGGACAAAUUUCUGUUGUUCAAGCACUUUUGGAAGAGUUGCCCGGACAGUUUUUGAGCUACAUGCGAUGUAGAGAUAUCAAACCAUUCAAUCUUCACGUGGCCGAAACUCCUACUUGAAAAACCACCAAAAUUUCAAAAUUAGAGUAAAUAUGUUAGUAUUGUAAUAACUGUUCAGAAGUAGUAGGAAUUGAUGGUAUAGAUAUUAGGAAACU